AUUUCUAGAUUGUCUUCGACUUUUGUCCGUGCUAGGGUUUUGCACUUCUGCCUCAUUUUCCCACUAUCACUCUCUCUCAAGUUUGAGAUCAGAAGUUUCUCGAUCUACAAUGGCAUCACCAGCAGUAGUCGCCGCCCCAGUCGCCGCCGGUUCCUCAUCGAAGACGGAAACCUUCGUGGACAACAAGCGCAAGGACGAUAUCCGCAUGGCCAACAUCGCGGCUGCUCGUGCGGUGGCCGAUGCCGUCCGGACUAGUCUUGGCCCCAAAGGAAUGGACAAGAUGAUCUCCACGGCCAAUGGCGAGGUCAUCAUCACCAACGACGGCGCCACCAUCCUUAACAAGAUGGAAGUCCUCCAACCUGCCGCGAAGUUCCUCGUUGAGCUCUCCAAAUCGCAGGACGUCGUCGCGGGUGACGGCACUACCACCGUCGUCGUCAUUGCUGGUGCUCUCCUAAAGCAAUGCCUAUCCCUUCUUUCAGCAGGUAUCCAUCCUACUAUUGUCUCGGAAUCGCUCCAUAAGGCUUCUAUCAAGGCUGUUGAGGUCCUUACCGCUAUGGCGAUUCCUGUUGAGCUCUCUGACCGCGAUUCGCUUAUCAAAUCGGCCAGUACUGCACUGAACAGUAAGGUAGUGUCUCAGUAUUCAACUCUUUUAGCUCCAUUAGCUGUUGAUUCUGUGCUUUCUGUUGUUGACCCUGCAAAACCAGACCUUGUAGAUUUAAGAGAUAUUAAGAUUGUGAAGAAAUUGGGUGGUACGGUUGAUGAUACUGAGAUGGUAAAGGGUUUGGUCUUCGAUAAGAAAGUGAGUCACGCCUCAGGUGGCCUGACUCGAGUUGAGAAAGCUAAGAUUGCUGUGAUUCAGUUUCAAAUUUCUCCUCCUAAGACUGAUAUUGAGCAGAGUAUUGUGAUUUCGGACUAUACUCAGAUGGAUAGGAUUUUGAAGGAAGAGAGGAACUACAUUUUGGGGAUCAUUAAGAAGAUUAAGGCUACUGGAUGUAAUGUUUUAUUGAUUCAGAAGAGUAUUUUGAGGGAUGCAGUUACAGAUUUGUCACUGCAUUAUCUGUCUAAGGCAAAGAUCAUGGUGAUUAAAGAUGUCGAGAGAGAUGAGAUUGAGUUCAUCACAAAGACUUUGAAUUGCUUGCCCAUUGCAAAUGUUGAGCAUUUCAGGGCAGAGAAACUAGGACAUGCAGAUUUGGUUGAGGAGGUAUCACUUGGAGAUGGUGGGAAGAUUGUGAAGAUUACUGGAAUUCAGGAUAUGGGUAGAACUGCAUCUGUGCUGGUUCGAGGGUCCAAUCAGUUGGUUAUUGAUGAAGCUGAGAGGAGUUUGCAUGAUGCCUUGUGUGUUGUUAGAUGUUUGGUGAAUAAGAGAUUCUUGAUUGCAGGUGGUGGGGCACCAGAGAUAGAGCUUUCAAGACAGUUGGGUGCAUGGGCAAAGGUUUUACAAGGGAUGGAGGGUUACUGUGUGAAAUCAUUUGCUGAAGCUCUUGAGGUUAUUCCUUAUACAUUAGCUGAGAAUGCUGGACUGAACCCUAUAACUAUUGUGACUGAGUUAAGGAAUAGGCAUGCACAGGGUGAGAUCAAUGCUGGGAUCAAUGUGAGGAAGGGGCAGAUCACUAACAUUUUGGAGGAGAAUGUAGUGCAGCCACUCCUUGUGAGCACAAGUGCAAUUACCUUGGCCACUGAAUGUGUGCGAAUGAUUUUGAAAAUCGAUGAUAUUGUUACUGUGAGGUAGAUAGGAUUGUACUUGAAAGUGGUGGUCAAAGAGAUAAGUUUUUCUGGUGUCUUUCUAUUAUUACUUGUGUGUUCAACUUUUAAAUGUUUCUUUGUUGAACUUGAAAUCGGUGCUUAAUUUUACAUAGUUGCUUCCUAGAAUCUUUCACUUGGUUGAGUGUGUUAGUUUUAAUGUAUGGUUCUGAUAUUCAUACAGCUUUGAAUUAGUUAUUUAGCUGUGCGAUUUAUGUA